CUAGCUACACUGCAAGAGAGCCCUGAUAGAACUAACACAUGUGGUAUUUACUGCUGCAUCAUGUUGAGUCUUGCACUUUUACCAGAGAUGAACUGGGAGGAACGCUAUGCUAUUCCUGGACCUAAUGCUGAAAACAAGGCCUUAAUAGAGGAGAUUGGCAAGAAAACGAGGGAGCUUCUGCGGCUGAAGAGCAAACGAGAGAAUCACAAAGAUCAGAAACAACUGGCGACAGACUUCCUGCAAAAUGUUAAAAAGGAGAAGGAAAACACUGCGGCUUUGUGCAGGGCCAAAGACAGAGAAGCCGAAUCGGAGAGACACCUCACCGCCAUCGCCGAGAGAGAAACCGGUCGGCUGGUGCAGGACCACGCCAAGAUGGAGAAUGAACUCCGAUCUUUGGCUGAGAGGAAAAACAUGCUCGAGAACAACAUCUUUAAGGCCAGACAGAAGCUGGAGCAGUUUCAGACACAGAUGAAGUGGGACCAGCAGGCCAUGGACUCUUUUUUGGAGGAGUCGGCACAAAAAGAGGAGGACAUGAUGGCCAUCGUUAAGUAUUCGCAGCAAGAUGAGCAGAGGAUUAAGUCCCUCACUCUGGCCAUGGAGAGAAUGACAACGGAGGUCAACAAGAAGCGCAAAGAACUCGACAAGGAAAUGACAGAGAAUUUGUCCGCACAGAUCGCUCUAGACAAGACAGCAGAGAAUUUGCAGCAGGCUCAUCUGCAAACCGAGCAGAUCCUCCACCAGUGGGAAAACACCAUCCGACAGAUGAAGCAAAGAGAUGCUGACAUACAACAAUAUGCCCAGAAGCUGUCCCAGACCAACCAGACCAUGCGGGAAAGGAACGACUCCCUGACAGAAAUGAAGCGGCUCGAGGACUUGCAGAUGGCUGACAACAAGGACAAAGAGAAAAGGUUAACAGCAACCAAUCGACAUGCUGCAAAACUGCGGCUGGACUUGAAGGAGCAGGAAAAGAACCGGGUGGCCAUGCAGGAUGAGCUAAAAACUUGUAAAACCUCUCUGGAUAGAACAGCGUCCACGGUGGAGUCUGUGAAGUCCAACAUCUGCAGGCUGAAGGACGAGAUCCAGAAAAACAAAAUCAGACUGGAACAGAGUGUGGCCCAGAAUGUUGAAUUUGAGGGGAUGCUGAAAGCUGUGACCCAGAACGCCUUGAGCGAGAAGGAGAAAGCUGCGCUGAUGGAGAAUUUCCUCAAGGAUGAGGAACAGGCCAUCAAGGAACUUGAUGUAGAACUACGAGACCGAAGGGAGGAGCUCUUUCGUUGUAAACAGCAUUUUGAAACUCUGAGAAAAAAGGAAAAGGAUUUUAUGGCCCAGGACUCGAGGAGCAAAGCCACCAUCAGCAAUCUGGAACGUGAGAUAAGGAAACAAGAAGGGAAUUUGAUGAGACAGCAGAUGAUCAUGAACGAGAAGGACGUCCAAAUAAUCUUUUUGGAUAAAAAGCUUGCGCGACUACGAGGUGUCGACGACUCUGAAGAAAAGCAAAUGUUGGAAAUGAAGAUCAGCGAGUUGACGAAAGCCCUCGAUGAGAUGAAAAAGACAUCCGGGAAAAUUAUCAACGCAAUCAAAGAGGCUGAGAGUGACAUUCGGUUUUUGAGGAAGGAAAAUGAGACGUCCGCCGCUAACAAGGACGAUCUGCAGAAGAAAGUAGAAGACAUGAUGCUGAUCAAUAACAAUACUGAAAAGGAGUUAAAGAAACUCAGCUUCAAGAAACAGGAACUACUGGUAGAGCAAAACAUCACCAAGCUCGAGGUGAAACGCAAGAGGGAUCUUCUGUUCAACAAAGCCAACAGCAUGGUGUCUUUGGAGAAAAGACAGCUGGACAUGAAGAAAGCCAUUUUGGAGAGGCAAGAGGAGAUCAGCGUCUACAAACAAAUGCUCAUGAAGCAGCUGAGGACCACCGAGCAGGAGAGACAGAAAAUCUGUGCUGAACUGAGUGGAAACCUGUCCAAGAUUGAGGCCAUGAAGAAACAUUUCGAGGUCGUGACCUUUUCCAUGGCAACACCCGGAGAGGAUGAAGAGGAUGCGGUGAAAUCCCAAGCUCACUACAUCGCCAUGGCUGGAUUCGAGAGAGCAGAACUCCUCCAUCAGGGAGAGCGUCUGAGCGCCAAAAUCCGCAAGGCUGAGGAAGAAAAUAAAGCUCUGGAGAACACCAACAUGUUGUUCAGCCUCAGCAAUACUGGAUUCCUCACCGCAAUCAACUCAUCCAAAGAAUCCAGUCCAGAAUACCAAGAGAAAUUCAAGAUGGAGGAAGAGUUGCGUGUGGCUGAAGAGACACUCAAGAACAAGAAAAAACAAAUCAAGGAGCUUCAGCAGGAACAACAGGACAUGAACAAUACUUUGGAAGAUCUGCAACAAGCUAAACAGCUUGAGAACAACAAAAUUGAACACACAAAGUCCCUCCUCUGCAAACUGAAUAAAGAGCUUGCUUCCCAGCAGGAAAAGAUUCAAAGGGCCGUCAAACAGUGUUCCAAACUGACGCGAAAGAUCCGCUCAUCCAGAAACACCAAUUCAGAGACAUUUGAGGAGAAGGACGUCAGGCUGAAGCUGCUAAAAGACUUUAACAAGAGUAUCAACAAGAUGCUCCAUGACGCCAUCCAGGACCAACCUGACCUCAGGUCAAUACUGGAGAAAUACUUUACUCAGGCCAACCUCUCUUUCCCGUCUCCUUCCUCCACUCCCGGCAUCCACCGGAGCUUCAAAACAAACUCAGCUCGCAGCUCUGUCUCUCCCAGGUCUCUUGCAUCCUCAGCCAGCAGUUCCAGAACUUCUGCCUCUCAGUCCACCCGACUGAACACUGUGGUCCUGGGAUGCGAUCUGCCUCUCCCCACCUCUCCUGUUUCGACCAACCGCACCUUAAAGAGUCCAUGAGGGGCUGUUUUUACCAAAAGAACACUAAAAUUGGGACAGGAAGUGUUUCUUUUGUCAAGCAUGUACUCGGCGAUCGUGGAUUUAGGGAAAUACAAACAGCCACAUACACAACAUAAACAUAUUUAAAUAUACUGUUCAGUCGAAAAGGCAUACAUAUGGGCUCAUUCGUCGCGGUUUACCUGAUACAUGAAACGUGACGAAUUGUAGUGAUUGCAAUAUCCACUUUAGCCAGCAGAUGGCAGUAGAGUGUCGAGUACCUUAAAAUGUGUUUUGUUGUGAUUCCGUCAAUGUUGUGUGGUGAGUGGCGCUUUCCAUAAUGUUCAGCAGACUACUUUACAAAAUGAUUAACCCACCCUCUUCCUCUUACGCAAGAUACAGCCAGGAACGGAGUAAUAUGAAUCUCUUCCCUGCUGUAAGUAGCCUCGAAUUUUAACUUUUUUAGGUCAAGGCAAGUGUUGCCUUAAAAGAGGGCUCAUAUUUUAGAGCACCAAGGCAAGAUAGAAGGGCACGAAGACAAACACCAUUUUUUUUUCAAGGCUACUGCUUAUCCCUUUCGGGGUCGUGGGGGGUGCUGGAGCCUAUCUCAGCUACAACCGAGCGGAAGGCGGCGUACCCUGGAUAAGCCUCAGGGCCAGAACAGAUAGACAGACCACAUUCACUACGACUACGAAAUCCUCGGAAGAACCCACAUAAGGGCAGGGAAAACUCACACCCAGUGGGACGCCAGUGACAAUGAUGACUAUGAGAAACCUUGGAGGACCUCAAAUGUGGGCAACCCCCCCCUCCCUCUAGGGGACCAAAAGCAAUGGAUGUCAAGCGGGUCUAACAUGAUACUGUGAAAGUUCAAUCCAUAAUGGAUCCAACACAGCCGCAGAGUUCAUUUCAAAGUGGAUCCAAGACAGCAGCGAGAGUCCCGUCCACAGGAAACCAUCCCAAGCGGAGGCAGAUCAGCAGCGAGCGGUCCAUCCUGGGUCUCGACUCUGGACAGCCAGUACUUCACUUCAUCCAUGGUCAUCGGACCGUUGCCCCUCCACAAUGGAGGGGGGGACAGAGAAGAAAAAGAAAAGAAGCGGCAGAUCAACUGAUCCAAAAAGGAUGUCUAUUUAAAGGCUAGAGUAUACAAAUGAGUUUUAAGGUGAGACUUAAAUGCUUCUACUGAGGUAGCAUCUCGAACUGUUACCGGGAGGGCAUUCCAGAGUACUGGAGCCCGAACGGAAAACGCUCUAUAGCCCGCAGACUUUUUUUGGGGGCUUUAGGAAUCACUAAUAAGCCGGAUAGUGCUCGAUACCGCAAUAUGUAUGUGUGGGAAAAAUCACAAGACUACUUCAUCUCUACAGAACUGUUUCAUGAGGGGUUCCCUCAAUCAUCAGGAGGGGUAUA